GAGGGGCCCAAUCUCUCCGCCCCUUAUUUUCCGUCUGAGGGAGACGCGCGGCAGCCAUGCAGGCGUCGGGUGGUGGCGCAGGUGGUGCAGAGGGCCGAGAUGACCAGCAUAGCUCCAGAACACCUGCUUCCCAGAGUGGUUCAGGCAGGGCUGAAGGUGAGGAUGGUCACCGGGCCCCAGAAGGCCGGGGUGGGCCUGGCAGAGGAAGAGCGGCGAUGGAAGCUGCUGUAGCUCGUCCCCGGGGUGAGCGGGCACCAGGUGGCCUAGGACCUGCUGGAGAUGUAGCGCCCUUGGCUGUAAGGCCUAGACGUGGACAGGUGGUGCUCACACUCAGAGUGCCUUUCCAGUCGCCCCUGGAGGCAGACAUGGCUCGCAGAUCUCUGCUCCCAGAUGCCCAACGCCACCAAGGAUUGAUUCGGAAGGAAUUUGCAGUGAAUGGCAGUGACCUGCUUGUGUCAGUUCCAGACGAGUUUGCCUUGGGGAGUUGGGGGUGGCAGAUGGACUGCUGAAGACCUUGCUUUCAUCCGACUUUCCAUGAACCCAUUCCUCGAUCAGCUUUCCCUGGUGAUUCGGAACAUUCGGAGCCUUGGGCUCCCACCUCGCCGAAGCCUAAGCUGAGGAGAGGGGCUGAGGCCUAACCUUGUGUCCCCUACUCAGCGGGCAUAGGGAAUUCAACCUAAGAGUC